AUGUUGUCGAUCACAUGUGUUGUAGUGCUUGUAGUCCAUCUUGUGGCGAUAGUUGAAUCGCUAUCAUUUGUGAAAGUUAAAAAUGCUCGAUUGUCCUUGGAUGAUCAUACCUACAUCUAUGUCGGCACUAAUUUCUGGUAUGGAGCCAACUUAGGAUCACUCGGUCCUGGAGGCGAUCGCGAGCGUCUAAAGCGUGAACUUGAUCAUUUACAUGAAUUGGGUGUGAAUAAUCUUCGUGUACAAGCAGGCAGCGAAGGACCUGACACCGAACCAUGGCGUAUCAUUCCGUCCUUGCAGCCAUCUCCUGGAGAAUACAAUCUUGACGUGCUCGAUGGGCUCGAUUUUCUUCUAUCUGAAAUGAGCAAACGUCAGAUGCGAGCUGUCAUGUGUUUGAAUAAUUUUUGGCAUUGGUCAGGUGGAUUUGCCCAAUAUAUAGCAUGGGCUGAUGGACCAGGAACAAUAAUACCUUAUCCAGGUGAUUACAAUCAAUUUGAAUUGUUUUCAGCAAGAUUCUAUGAAAUAAAAAAAGCUACAGAUUGGUUUGAGGAUCAUAUUCGAUUUUUAUUAUCACGCAAAAAUCGAUAUACAAAUGUUGCUUAUACAAGCGAUCCAACUAUUAUGUCGUGGGAACUUGCCAAUGAACCUCGUCGUUUGGAUCUCUCAUGGGUCAAUCGAACGGCUUGUUUACUUAAAGAACUUGCUCCACGACAAUUGGUUACCACUGGCGUCGAAGGUAAAAUUUCAUCGAAUAAUUUUUCUAACGAUCACGCAAGUCCAUGCGUCGACUAUGCCACGUUUCAUUUAUGGGUACAGAAUUGGAAUAUAUUUGAUCCACACAAUGCUUCUGCAACAUUACCUCUCGCUAUUGAUUAUGCCAAAAAUUACAUUGACUUUCAUGCCGCUUACAAAGAUAAACCUAUUGUGUUAGAAGAAUUUGGUAUUUCGAGGGACAAUGGUAACUAUAUGCCAACAGCUUCUGUAACCGUACGCAAUCAAUAUUAUCGAGUUGUACUGACUCAUUCUCGCAGUAAUGGUGUGCCUACCAAUUUUUGGGCCUAUGGGGGUGAAGGGCGGCCACGUAUUCCAGCAGCUAAUUGGUCUCAAGGAGAUGAUUUCACUGGAGAUCCACCACACGAGCCGCAGGGUUGGUAUUCGGUGUAUAAUGACGAUCGAAGCACACUCGAUCUGAUCAAGGAAUUCGCUACAACGGAAUCAACAUCAUCAACAACUAGACUUCUUUUUUCUAUAAGUAUUUGUCUAUUUACAAUUACACUGCUUAUAUAA